AAAAGAAAAGAUGUUCACGAUCACCGAUCAUCAGGGAAAUGCCAACCGAACCACAACGAGAUACCACCUCCCACUCAUUAAGAUGGAUGUUAUCAAAAAGAAGACAAACAAAACAAAACAAAACAAAACAAAACCGAAAAUAACAAGCGUUGGUGAGGAUGCAUAGAAAUUGGAACCCUUGGACCCUCGUACUGGGAAUGUCAAAUGCAGCUGCUGUGGAAAACAGUGUGGCGCUCCCUCAAAACCUUACAAACAGAACUACCCUAUCAUCUAGCAUCAUCUAUAAACCCACUGCUGGGUAUAUACUCCAGAAGAAAUGGAGGCAGAGUCUCGAAGAGAUCUUUGUUCACCCAUGGUCACACCACCAUUAUUCCCAGUAGCCAAAAGGUGGAAACCACCCAAGUUCCACCCACAGAUGAGUAGAUAAACAACCUGUGUUACAUCCAUACAAUGAACUAUCACUCAGCCUUAAACAAGAGGGACAUUCGACGAGGGCUGCAGCCUGAAUGAACCUUGAGGCCAUUAUGCCAAGUGAAAUAAGCCAGUCACGUGAAAACCCUGUAUGACUUCCCAUAUAGGCCACCUAGUUAGACUCCCAGAACCAGAAAAUAGAGUGGAGGUUGCCGGGGGCUGAGAGGGACUGGAGAACGGGGAGUUACUGUUCAAUGGGGACAGAGUUUCAGUUGUGACAGAUGGAAAGCCCGGGAGGUGGCUGGCGGUGACGAUCGCAGAACACUGUGAAGGUACUUCACGCCCCUGGGCGUGUGCGUAGAAAUGGCGAAGUUGCUGAAUUGUAUGUGUAUUUCAUCACCAUUGAAAAUGACAGUUUAAUUCCAUUUAGAAAUGAAGCCGCGCAGUGAAUGGUCACUGGUGGACUCUCAGAGUGGCAGAGAUAAGUAAAAUGAACAAUUCUGUGGGCUGCAGAGGGUUUCGGGAAAAGGGGAACUUCAUAUCCUGCUCUUGUGACAACUCCUCCUGAGGGGAGCGAUCUGGAAGAUCCAUCAAAAUGUCAGAGAUGUAGCCCCUUGACCAAACAAGGGGCUCCUUAAUAUCCUGCCCUUCUGUGCUGUGCUCACUGGCCCUCAGCAAACGCCUGCAGCUUCAAAGGUUGCCCUGGGACACGAAGCAAAAAGACACACUACAAACCGGGGUGGGGUGCUGGCGGCGUGGGUCCAGAACCUGGCACAGAACUGCCCAGUCUCGGGACUGACGCUAGAGGAAGCUGAGGGGCGUGUGGUGGGCCACCCAAGGUGCUGUGGCAGGAGGGAGGGUGCAGAGUGGGGCAGCAGGUGUUGGCCAGGUUGCAGACUCCCAGGUGAGCACUGAGCACAUUCUUCUAUUUUUCCAAUUAAGUAUGAGAGGUCGCCACCUGAAAGCUGCGGAUGGGGCAGUUAGAGGAGGAAGCGCACAGUGUGAAGAAUAAUCCAGGAGGGCAGGCCUCUUGAGAGAUCGAGCAGGACAGCCGGGCGGUUCUAAGCUUUUCGGGGCUGGUGGUGGUGAGUGGUCAGUGGUGCGCUUCUGCCUGGGUGUGAGUUGGGCAUCAGCAGCAACCGGCUGCAGGAGGACAGGACCGGAGGGACCCAACCCUGACCAUCGUGUAGACAAUGUAGCAUUUGUAAACAAGGGGAAGCUGAAAAUACAAAAGGCAGCGAGGGUAGCACUAGCCGCCUCACAGACCCAUGGUGAGGACAGAAUGCCACAGCGCCCGGAACGGAUCAGGGGCGUGCAGGGGCGAAACAUAAAUCCGUGCCUGCCCUUCCUUUCCCUUCCCGUCCCAUCAUUCCCCGUGAGCACGGAAGCUGAGAUUCCUGGGUGGAAAUGGAGCCGCCCCAUCCCCCACCGUCCAGAGGGCAACUGUCCAGUAGCAGUGGGGGAAACUUCCAGCAUCCCAACCUGCUCCCCAGAGCCCAUCCCACCCCAUCCUCCUUGCCCAUUGCAGAAAUUGGUGUGGGCACCACCGGCUUCGGAAUCUUCUUCAUCCUCUUUGGAAUACUCCUGUACUUUGAUUCGGUGCUCCUGGCCUUCGGAAACCUGCUAUUCCUGACUGGCCUCUUGCUCAUCAUCGGCCUGAGGAAGACCUUUUCCUUCUUCUUCCAGAGGCACAAGCUCAAAGGGACCAGCUUCUUCCUGGGGGGUGUGGUCAUUGUGCUCCUGCGCUGGCCCCUCCUGGGCAUGUUCCUGGAAACCUAUGGAUUCCUUAGCCUCUUCAAGGCUCUCCUCCACGCCAACCUCAGUGUUUCCAAGCCCUUUGAACGAUGGUGCACAUGUUCAAAGCCAGACCUUGCCACGGUGUGUUUGACAAGAGUGGGGAAGCCAAGGGCAAAGGGUGGCUCCACGCGUGGGCACCACGCCGAGGCACCAGGGAAAACACCCAUGAGCACGGCCGCCAGCAGCUACCCAUGCGGGGGCCCAGGAAAUCUGAAGCAGGCAGCACCCACCCAGUCCAGGGAGGAGAAGACAGUAACAAUGAUACAAACGCUUCUUUUCUUAAAAAAUUUGUCUAAUGGGAGGGAGAGAAUCCCAAGCAGGCUUCGCGCUUUCUCAGCGCAGAGCCCAACAUGGGGCUCAAACUCACCGACCGUGAGAUCGCGACCCACACCGGAUGCUUAAACAACCGAGCCGCCCAGGUGCCCCCAAAUAAACACUUCUUGAACGUUUCUUUGCGGAAGGCCCUAUGGUGUAGAUACUAUUAUUAACCUCAUUUACAGCUGGGAACUGAGAUUCAGAGAAGUUGAGGAAUUUUGCCCCAAGUUUAUACAGCACAAGCAAGUGGCAGAGCCCAGAUUUGAACCCAAGGAGCCUGACCCCAGCCCCUUUAUUCUUUUUUUUUUUAAUUUUUUUUUUUAGUGUUUUAUUUAUUU